UUUGUUUACUUUAGCUAAAUUACCGCCAACAUGAGUGAAGAAAUUGAUGAAAGUUUGGAAAAUGAAUUCUCAAGUGACGAAGAGGAGGUCGAGAUGACGGCUGCAGACGUUCUGCUAAAGCUGGAGGAGGCCUGGUUAAAUGAGAAGUUUGCUCCUGAUCUGCUGGAGAGCAAGGUGGAAAUAGUGGAGUGUAUGCUGGAGCAGCUUCAGCAGAUGGAGGAGAAUGUCAAAAAAUGCAAGAAAGGAGAUUUCAGGAUUAUUGUUCACAAGAUGGAGAUUGACAGAAUAAGAUAUGUCUUGAGUAGUUACCUGAGGAUACGACUGAGAAAGAUUGAGAAGUUUGUCCAUCACACACUCCACAAGGAGUCAACCAGAGGUCCAGAUGAACCAAAGAUGCUGUCACCAGAGGAAUUCACCUUUGCGAAGGAAUUUGCAGAGAGCUUAGAGUCCAAUUCGAACACAGUUGUGCUGCGACACAUGCCCCCAAACCUGCAGACCCUUGAUAAACAAAAGCUAGUUCCCAAGCCCAACCUGGACAGCUAUGUAUUCCUGAGAGCUAACGAGAGGCAGGAGCAGAUACUCAUAGAACCAGAACUAGAGGAUGAACAGAAUGCUGAAGUCGUCGACAUAGAUGCUGGUUCCCAGUAUAUCAUGAGAUAUCGACCAAUGGGAUCUCUCGUUGCCAGCGGAGCUGUUUCUCUUAUAUGAGGGGUCCGUUGGAAGAACAGCGAUGAUUUCUCUGAACAUUUGUACCACAGACUUUAAAUGAACAUCUUCACGGACUUGAUUGUAGUGAGAUGCAGUACGAGUACAUAGCGACAUGACUGAAAGUGCUGGACUUCUUUGCUGCAUCCUGCAAUGUCCUGCAAAAAAAUGGUACUUCGGUUAUGCCUUGAGGAUACAAGCGUUACCAAAAUGUCCAUGUCCAUAUUGAUAGUACAGUCACAUCAACCCUGCACCAUGGACAUCACCGAAUAAGUGGGAAAUGGUGGCCAAAUUAGUCAAGAGAGCUGAAUGGAUCGCAAAUUCUUGUGUGAAAAUUUGCAUUGUCUUGAGUAUAGGAGCUGGGUAAUACAAUUUAGUUAGUGUGUUAAAACACCAUUUUUUCAAGAUUAUUAGAAAGGAAUGUGCAGAAUGGUCACUACACAGGUAAUGUGUGAAAAGAGGUGAUAUUCUACGAAACGUGAAUUCAAUGGCUAAUCUAUUUAGAGGUCUGUUGUAUAGCUUUCUCUUUGGCUCUUGAUAUAUAAUCGUGGUACGAUGCCAAGUGUCCCUCAGUGCAUAGCUGGCCUGACUCUGAUAAAUAGUCUCCCAAAGUAGUGUAUAUUUGUAUUUUUAUACUACUUAUACCAUUAUGCAUUAUCCCUGUUCCAUCUAUACUUUUCAAUCGUUCAGCUACAGCCCACAAGAAUGACAAUGUCUGCCUAGACUGACAGACACGAAACCAACAUAUUUUCGUCUUCCCUCCAGUAUUUCUUUGUUUUGUCAGUCUCACUGGCGAUGUGUCUCAUGAAACUUGUGGAAGCUGGAACUCCUUUUGUGUUGUAGGUCUUGAGGGCUGUCGGGUCGAAUGGGUUACCGCACCAUCUGUUAAAACUGUACAUCUUUUCCUGCCUUGCCCUGGACACUAGUUACUGAGUCACUUUAAUGUGUGUACAGCCGUAGCAUUUUUGAGGAUUGAUACAAAUAAUGCAUGCAUAUGAGUUCAUUAUAUGAGCUAUCUGCACUCGAGUUGAACCUGUAUGAGUCUAUCGUAUGAAGCCUGACAGCUUUGUAUGAUAGGUGUAUAAAUAGCCUCAACAAGAGCUUGUAGAGCAUGUAUUGAACAAAUGAAAACAUGCAUCACUUGUUUUAUACAUUAAAACUCCUAGAUCCUUGUCAUUUGCUCUAAAAAGUACUCAUUUCAAGAUUUGUUUUGUGUCAUUAUAGUUGACAAAUAAAUCCAAAGUGUACAUUAGUGCUAUGGUCAAAUGUUUAACCGUCCAGUAUCCGACCGUCCAUGGAUGUAUGCACACUAACCUCUCCAGGUGUUGUGUAGUGCUACACAAGUAUAGGCCCACACACAGUACAAGUGGACUAACCUCUAAAAGCACUGCUGUGCAUUGCUUACUAAAAAAAUCAUUGGAUAGUACUGGAAAUUAUUGCACAACUUUUACAUGAUAAAAUAUGGGAUAAUUUCAGUAAGUAAACCACAAGUGACUGUGUUUUUACCAAUCAUUUGAGGAGGAUCUAGGAGUGAGUUGCAUAAAAUACUUGGAUUGCACAGUUUAUUCCAUAUGCUCAUGAUACAAGUAUGUGACUUGGAUGAGAAAAGAAAACAAUAAAACUCUAUAAUUUUGUACUGA